GAGUCAGCGGCGGCAACAGCUCAGGCCAGGGCACCCAAGCUCUCAGCCACAGGAACCGAUUCAGGCAGCACAAAGCCUCUGUUUGGCCUAAUUGCAACGUAAUGUCCUUAAGCCCCGAACAGGCAAGCCAGUCAAAGGGUCGAACAAAGCAUCUGGUCCAGCCUCAGAAGUGGUCCUGAAAGAAGUAACGGAGAGAUGGAGUUUUCAAUAGCUGCGUGAAGGCUAAGACUCAGCUUGUGUGGAUAGAGGCAGGAGAGAGAGAAUGCUAUGCAGUCAGUGAUUGGCUAAUAUGUGCCUGCAUUGAGGAAGAGAGGGGGGUGCUGCUGGAGCGUGCGUUUUGUGUGGUAGAGAGCAAGCUAGAGACGGGAUAGCCAGGAAAUUUUAAAAAAGGGUAGAAGUGUAUUCUUUACAUGUUGACUUUUGUGGCAUUUAUCCGGGUGGCUGGGAUGUUUAAGCUGUACGAUGGCUAAAACCAAGGCAUAUGGCAGGUUAUGGUAAAGAUUUUAAGUAUUUAAAAUGUUCUGCACUGGUAGACUUCUAUGAGAAUUGAGAUUCAAUUACAUUUAAAUGAUUUCUUUGCCUUUUUUAUAUCCUUUUAUAAAGGAGUUAAACAUUAUGCAAAUAACUUUGUUUCGGCAAAAUUAGCUAUAUUAGCUCUACUCUUAUAUGCUGCUGUGAGUAGUUAAUAUUGCUCUCCUGUUUAGAGUUUAGAAAAGAUGAGUGGCCCAGUGUCACACUCUGCAGUCCAAACCAGGCCAGCCAACCAGCGGUGACUGUGAGGAGAGCGGUCGCCAGCUCCAAUACACUACCUACUGAACGGCACCAUGCAGCCACAUCAGCAGCAUGCCUCAGUGGAAGUCAUCCCCUACCCAGCCAUCCGUGUAGCCAAAGUUGCAGUUCCCACAGUUGGCCUUGCGGCGUCGUCUUGGCCAGUUGAGCUGCAUGUCCCGGCCCGCCUUGCGGCUGCGCUCAUGGCCGCUCAGCUUCCUCUACUACUUCCUGACCUUCGGUGCACUCAAGCCCCUGGCAAAGGUUGGCUGGAGACCAACAAGCAGGGUUGCUCUGUACAAGACCAUCCCGACACGGCUGCUGUCUCGGGCCUGGGGUCGGCUGAACCAGGUGGAGCUGCCGACCUGGCUGAGGAAGCCAGUCUACAGUCUGUAUAUCUGGACGUUUGGUGUCAACAUGCAGGAGGCUGCUGUGGAAGACCUAAUUCAGUACAGGAACCUGGGAGAGUUCUUUAGACGGAAACUCAAACCGGCUAUCCGGCCCGUGUGUGACUCACACUGCGUGAUCAGCCCAGCAGAUGGGAAGAUCCUGCACUUUGGGCGGGUGCGGAACUGUGAGGUGGAGCAAGUCAAAGGAGUCACAUACUCUCUGGAGACCUUCCUGGGACCACACACCUGGUCUGAGGCCAUCAACAGUACCAUCAAGCCACCAAAUGAAGAGGACCCCAGCUCGUUUCAGGACCUGCUGGUGACUAAAGAGGGGAAUGAGCUGUUCCACUGUGUGGUGUACCUGGCUCCAGGAGAUUACCACUGCUUCCACUCCCCCACAGACUGGAGGGUGGCCCACAGAAGACACUUCCCUGGCUCUCUGAUGUCAGUGAACCCUGGCGUGGCCCGCUGGAUCAAAGAACUGUUCUGCCAUAACGAGAGGGUGGUGUUGAGCGGAGAGUGGACGCACGGCUUCUUCUCCCUCACCGCUGUAGGGGCCACCAACGUGGGCUCCAUACGCAUCUACUUUGACAAGGAGCUGCGCACUAACAGCCCACGCUACAGCAAAGGCUCGUACAACGACUUCAGCUAUUUGUCCAACAACAACCAGGAGGGAGUGAGCAUGAGGAAAGGGGAGCACCUGGGAGAGUUCAACCUGGGCUCCACUAUAGUCCUUCUCUUCGAGGCUCCGCACGACUUCAGCUUCAACCUGAAGGCCGGACAGAAGAUCCGCUACGGAGAACCCCUGGGGACUGUGAGCCGAGAUGGCCAAGCAGAGAGACACCUUCUGGGGGGAAACGGACUCAAAUAAACGGAUGGGGACACAAACGUGUGUACAGAUUUGAGCGGAGGUGCACAGACUGACUUAGACACACACUCAUUCAUUCACACACUGAUGGACUUACAGAAAAAACUCAGUCACCACUGUUGCAUUACUACCAAGGGGGUCUCCCCGUUUUCAUCGACUAGAGUUUCUAUUAACAAUUUACUUAUUUUGUCAGUUGGACAGUUGAUUACAACUAGUGUACAUACCUGACCAGCAAAAGCAAGAUAGUUUAUAGCAAUUAGUUACAUUUACUUUCCAUAAGAAUAACGACAUAGCUUUAAAAAAAAAAAAAAAAUUACUAAAUUGUACCCAUAUUGCCUUUUGUCAGGGGUAUCCUCUUCAACUAGGAGUUCCUCCUGAGAUUUCAGACACAAGCAGCAAGACACCAGCCUGAUUACAGAUCUGGCUAGUGCUGUGUAGCCCAGCUCAGAUCUGGGACCAGGCUAGCAAGACACAUCUCCACACAUACAGAUAACCCCUGUCACACACAGCCUCUAUCAUGUGGACAGGCUUCCCUAUACAAUGUACAGUAUACAUACACCUACAGUACACAUACCACGAAGAAGGAAUGUACCAGAGGCCACACGUCUACCCUCUUCCUUCUCUAAUUUCCCUUCAUUCUGAUACUGAAUGCCUUCCUGUUCUCCUUUGGUCUCUUCUGCCAUCCCCAGAGAAGGUGCUUGUGUUGGGGGUGAUUAUGUGGACUCUUCCCUCCCUGUCAUGGAGGUACAGACUGACACCACUCCUCCCAGUCAGACAAGUCUGGGUCUUAUUCAUUAGGCACCUGCCAGAAGAAAACAGGCUGAAUACCUUGACCUUCCGUUGUAAAAUGUUUUGCCUCAGUCUGCCCUAAUAAAUACAACCCUGUUGUAGUAAGCCCAUGAUGUACGAUCUCUGCCAUCCCAGCAAAGCGUUAUUAAUCACCAUUAGUGGUAGCUAGUAGCGUUGCCUGCCUGAUGCCAAUUAUCGCUGUUGUUUUACUGUAAGUGAUGCCUAACAGGCAGUGCUUGACUUGGGACUGAGCUACCCGGAGGCCUUACCGACACUUCAAAUGUUUGAUUAAUUGUGUACCGGUUCCUAUAUAAAACAAAGUAGCCUGUCACCAGUCUAGAUUCAUACACAGAGACAAAGUUUGAUCAAAGUGGAAUGAAGGCAGGAUCUGCGUUGACUAGCAACGGCCAAUGGGUAUUCAUUUUCUGAUUCCGCUUUUUUCACGUUUAUUUGCCAGUAGGAUGUCAGUUCAAGAUUGUGCCUAUUGAAAAUGAGCCAGCCUGAAUGCGCAUGAAGGGCUUUUGCCAAAAGAGGGUUUAUCAGGUCAUGACAAGGCAUUUCAUGAUUUUUGCUAAUGUAAUUCAUGAAGGCACACUUAAAAAUGGACAUAUCAGCCAUUAUCGAAAUGACCCUUCAGUGUGUGUCUGUGCUAAUUUCUGCUGCAGGUUACGUAAAAAUAUUAUAACAAUUGACAAAUAACUUGCGGUGCAUAGAUCUCCCCUGAAGAAUGAAUAUUUGAGCCUUAUAUAUAAACAUGUAUAGUAGCCUACCUUAUCCAUUUGAUCUCUGAUUCAUUUAAUUAGGAAUCAUUUGAUUAAAAACAAAGAUAUUUGGUUGUAGUGUUGCAAUAUUUUAUAUGAAGUGUGGCAACCAUCCUCCACGAUAGCUACUAGGUGUGCAGGCUUUUCUUCAAGUCCUGGUCUAUCUAACCACUUGUAGCAUAAACAUCAGCUGCUCAACAGAACCUUGAUAAGAAGUGUUUCAGGCCUGGAGCAAAAGUGAAGCCUGCACACCCAAGAGCUCUCCAGAUGGAGGGUUGACUACAUGUUGAGAAGUUUGUGGGGGGUUAAGUGCCUUGAUUAAGGGCACAAUGGCAGGAAAUUGAAGGCCUACAUGGGAUCAGACACAGCAGUCUUCCAGUGUCAAUAAUGCUUACUAUUUCAUGUAGGCAAUAAUAAUAGUCAUGAACAUUUGGUUAAACGUCCGAAGUAAUGGAAAAUGUCUAUGAACUCUUAAAAUAAUCUCUAGCAUACCAGUUGUGAAUUUCGGUGAACAUGAUCAACUGGAUAGACUUGGAACAAGACAGCUCCUGCACUACUUUCAUUCCAAGUCAAGCACUGCUAACAGGUGUCUACAUGGAGGGGGUUCAAACCAGGUGGAUCUCUUCUAAUGGAGUUCUAUUGUAGCGUUACAGUUUAGCAUGCCAGCAUAACUCACAUGGCACUUUCAUUCCUAAAGGACUGCUAACAGGUAUGUCACAUUGUUUAACAUAUGAUGGUGAGUUGAGAUGAUUGACGUGUGUUAAUCUAACCCAACCCAUGAAUGGACUAAAUCCUGACGUAUUCCUCUGAAUGGAGCCAUACCUUUUUAUGCUAAUAUACAGCGCAGCCCUCUGACCGUCAUUCCAAAAACAAACCUAUGACAAUGUGCAGCACUGGUGGUAGGAUCAUGGGAGAGAAUGUGCAAACUGGUACUGGCAACUGAUACUUUUGUCUUCUACUGUUCGGUUGAAUUGGAAUAAGUUGUUACUGGAAGUUAUCUGCCUAUGACAGUGUUAACAAAAGUUUAUUUAAGACUGUAAAGCUUAAAAUAUGCUGAUAUCAAUACUAACUAUGUAUCAUGCACUUAAUGUGUAAUGAUUGUGAUACCCAGGGCUGAGCUGGUUUAAAGCAAAAAAAAAUUAUGUAGUUCUGUUCGUUUUAUAGUAGUGCCAAAAAUGUAUUUUGGGGGUUUUAGUUUUUCAGUGUAUUUUUUAUGUUUUGCUUUGAACAAAUGUGGACAUUUGUGCUUUUUGUGUUGCUGCUGCUGGAUUAAUUCUCUGCAUGAGGGGGUAGAGACCUCACCUGACUGACCCGUGGAUAAAGGACCUUUUAACUUUAGCCUCAGAGGAGUGGGGGUCACAGAUGUGACAGACCGGGGCAAUGCCGGUGACACAAACUCCCCUUGGCUACAUCGUUGUUCCACAAAAAGUGUUGCAUACAGAAACCAAACACCAGGGUCUGGCCUGGCUACUGCCUGUUGCACACUUGUUUUUAUAUGUACAUUGUAAUAUACUUGAAUCAUUCAACACUGCAUAGAUUUUAACCUGAAUUGUUUGAAAAGCAAGAAAACAUGUCUAAUAAAUUGUGUAUUCUUAAAAA